CGGGGGUGUCGCCGGGCGCCGGGCGCUGGAAGGGGUGGCGGGGCGCUCCGAGGGGCCGCGGGCUCGCGUCCGCGCGGGGCCCGGGGUGUCCCCGUGGAGGGGCCGGGAGGAGCGCGCGUGCCGCUGCGUGAGGUCCCCCGUGAACCCCGACCGGACCCAGGGCCAGGAGAGCAGGGAACGGUCUGCGUCAGCGCCGGGCACAGUCUUUACCCACGAAAGCAUCCCUCACGCCGGACCCCGACCUUUGGUGGAAUGGUUUAAGCCAGGGUCGGGGAGAGCUUUGUGCCUGUUUCCUGUGACUGGGGUUCGAGGGGAGGGCGCCCCCCCUGGAGACGGUAACCUUCCUCACGGUCACGGCGGAGGCGGUGCCUGCGCGCCUGGUGCCGGCCCUGGGCUUUUCAAGCACGCGUUGCUGCUGCGGGUAAUAGUCGGUCUCCUUGGGCCUCUGCUUGAUAGGGCAGCAUCUAAAACCCCGGCGGAGCCGGUCGAUGAGAAUUUCCCGGUGCUCAGAGUCCAGUUUCUAUAAUGAAUGCCAGGAAUCCGGCCUCGAAGGAGGAAGAUGCUCAGUUUGCUCUUUUCCCAGCAGGGGCUUGGACCUCUGCAGAAAGCCUUGGAGGGCCUGGGGAAGCCCCGCAGCCCCUUCCUACUCCUCCCCCAGCAGCACGUGGCCGAUGGUGUCACUCUUGAGUGCAGUUUAUCCUGGAAAAGUGAAUUUAAAGAGAGAAGGGAGUGAGAAUGUGCUUGAAUGCUGUUUUGAGGAAGCUAUGUUAGAGUACUCUGGGAGGUAGAUAAACAUAUUGAUAAGUAUAACCCUUUGCUGGACAGUAGGACACCUGAAAUGGAGAGAGUAUCCUUAGUAAGUUUUGAAGACUAUCUGUGUUAUCAAAUGUGUGCACCAGACGGGUUGCCAGUGAUUUCAAGGAUGAUUUUCUUUGGAUUCUUACACUGCAGGGUAGGAAAUCAUUUUUAGGUUAUUUAUAAUGUUUUGGGUAAAAUUUUUAAAGUAGAGGUUGAUCUAUUUGUUACAACCUCUGGCUCCACAUUCAAGAGCAGCUUGGGGAGUGGGUAUCUGUUAUUUAAGCUUCUUGUCUCAAAUUUAUCUGAAUUAAAGGCAUUUAACUCUUCUUCUGUUAUGCUAGUUGCCUGUCCUAGACAUGAGCCCACGGACUCGGUUGCUCCAUGACUGAGUUCUCAGCUGUCGGUAGACGAAGUAAUGACCUUGUAGGGAGUUUUGCAUAAAGCUGAAUAUCUUUCAGGUUUAUCCUUCCUUCCGAGAGUAUGAUCAUUCUACUAUUUUAUGUUAAUGUGCUUUUAUUCAUGGGUGAAAUAUGUCUGGAUUUGCUUUAAAGUAAUCUGGGGGUGGUAAGGUGAAUGAAGGUUGAAAUUUCAUAUGUAGAAAUAAUUGAAGCUGAAUAAUGGGAGCACAGGGCUCACUGUGCUGUUCUGUCUACAUUUGGGUAUGUUUGAACAUUUUCACCGUAAAAAGGUUGUUUCCUAAAUACCUGAAUUCUGAGUAAUCACAGUGAUUGUAUAUAAUAAUUAAAGAAAAAAAUCCACACUUAGCAAAACUUUGCAACCCUCAUUAUUCCUUUGAUUUUGUUUUGGGAAUUUUAUUGGUUCAUGAAAACCCAAAGUUUGGGAUGGUGAUCUGUUACCUUUUAUUCUUUGGAAAUGAGAUUUAGACUGGAGUUGAGUGGCAAGUGAAUAGAAAUUUUGUUCACUGGAAUUGCCAUCGUCUGGGUUAAGAUACAGAGCAGAUGUAUUAUGCCCACUCUAAGGAUUUGUAUCUGGUCAGCGCUGUUCUCUGGAUUCUUCCUGAACCUGGAGCUCUAGGUAUUUCUUUAGCCUCGAUGACGAUUUGUUCCUGGUAGAUGGUCCUAGUUCCUUAGCUGCAUCCAUGGGGAGGAGCUAGGGAGACAGUGGGAAGGGUUGGCCUCACCUGAUGAUCUUGCUGUUCGUUCCACAGAUUUGCACACCCAUUCCACACAAAACACGUGGCAACUUGGUGCUUUAACGGGCCAAGGAGCGCCUGAAUGCGUUCACCUAGUAUAGCGCUUGCUCUGUCUGACUCGGUCCCUUCCUUGAUAACCUGAGUCGAUGUUGCAGAGGCAACUGGCCCACGAUUACCUGUUCCAGUGACACACCAUGCCAAUAGUCGAUAAGCUGAAGGAGGCUCUAAAACCCACUCGCAAGGAUUCGGCUGAUGAUGGGGACCUGGGGAAGCUCCUGGCCUCCUCUGCCAAGAAGGUCCUUUUACAGAAGAUCGAGUUUGAGCCAGCCAGCAAGGGUUUCUCCUACCAGCUAGAGUCACUGAAGAGCAAAUAUGUGUUGCUGAACCCCAAGACAGAGGGCGUCAGUCGCCACAGGAGUGCUGAGGAAGCACAGAUCCGGAGGCAGGGCAGCGAGCAUGGAUAUGAAAGCUGCAGCGAUGGUGUCCCAGCCCCACAGAAGGUGCUCUUCCCCAUGGAGCGGCUGUCUUUGAAGUGGGAGCGUGUUUACCGGGUCGGAGCGGGACUCCACAACCUCGGCAACACCUGCUUCCUGAACUCGACCAUCCAGUGUCUGACCUACACGCCGCCUCUGGCCAACUACCUGCUGUCCAGGGAGCACGCCCGCCACUGUCAUCAGGGUGGUUUCUGCAUGCUGUGCGUCAUGCAGAAUCACAUUGUUCAGGCCUUCGCCAACAGCGGCAACGCCAUCAAGCCCGUCUCCUUCAUCCGAGAUCUGAAAAAAAUCGCCCGGCACUUCCGCUUUGGGAACCAGGAGGAUGCCCAUGAGUUCCUCCGGUACACCAUUGACGCCAUGCAGAAGGCCUGCCUGAACGGCUGUGCCAAGUUGGAUCGUCAGACACAGGCUACUACUUUGGUCCAUCAAAUUUUUGGAGGUUAUCUCAGAUCACGUGUGAAGUGUUCGGUGUGCAAGAGUGUCUCCGACACCUACGACCCCUACCUGGACGUGGCGCUGGAGAUUCGGCAAGCUGCUAAUAUUGUGCGUGCUCUGGAACUUUUUGUGAAACCAGAUGUCCUGAGCGGCGAGAAUGCCUAUAUGUGUGCUAAAUGCAAGAAGAAGGUUCCAGCGAGCAAGCGCUUCACCAUCCACAGAACGUCCAACGUCUUAACCCUUUCUCUCAAGCGCUUUGCCAACUUCAGUGGGGGUAAGAUCACCAAGGAUGUCGGCUAUCCGGAAUUCCUCAACAUCCGUCCGUAUAUGUCCCAGAGCAGUGGCGAAGCGGUCACGUAUGGGCUGUAUGCUGUCCUGGUCCAUUCAGGCUAUAGUUGCCAUGCGGGGCACUAUUACUGCUACGUGAAGGCAAGCAGCGGACAGUGGUACCAGAUGAACGACUCGUUGGUCCACUCCAGCAAUGUCAAGGUGGUGCUGAACCAGCAGGCCUACCUGCUCUUCUAUCUCCGAAUCCCAGGCUCUAAGAAGGGCCCCGAGGGCCCCACCUCCAGGACCGUCCCCACCUUUCCCAGCCGCCCGAGCAUGGUUCCAGGCCAUGUCAAGAAGAGCAUGAGCAACGGGGUUGUGUCCCCCACUGCAGCGGGAAAGAUGACGCACUCGUUGAAAUGGCUGCCAGCCACCGGUGCAGGUGCAGAGGGGAUGAAGGCCAGAGAGAGCAGAGGGGCAGCGAUGAGCAGAAAGGCACGCCCCGGUAGGAGUGCAGAGAGUGCGAUCCAGCAGCAAGACCCAUUGACAGUGAAAAAACGACAAAUCACAGAAGAGAUUGGUGUGCCAAUUCCCAGGAAUGGCUCCCUGGCCAGCCUGAAGUCACAGAACGGGGGUGUUCCUCCAAAGCCACCCUCGGGGUCCCCACCCCCCAGAGUCUCCAAAACACCCAUACGCAUGCCGACUAUUCUGGAUGAGCCUGGGAAAAAGGUCAAGAAGUCUGUUCCCCUGCAGCACUGCUCUCCAUCACUCAAAACUUCUCAGGGGUCACAUGGUCCCAGCGACUGGAAUAGCAGCAGAUCUGAGAGCCGCAGGCCAGGCCCCUGGGACAGCAGGGACACCGUCCUCUCUACCUCACCCAAGCUCCUGGCAGAAGUGAUGGCCACCGGGCCCGGGCUGAAGGGACAUGCGGAGGGCUCCGACCUUGAGAGGAAGGGCCCUGGUAGUCCCUGCUCACAGCACUCGGCCAGUGGUGUCGCUGCCAGGACCCCCCAGACCUCCAAGAGUGGAGCUGCCAAUUUCCAUGAUUCUCAGGAAACGAACGGUGCUGCUGGUGUUCACCCCAAAGCCCUGCUGAAUGGAGAAGAGUCCAAGGCCCCUGUCUCCAGCAACACCACCGCUGAACCCACAAACACCAUGUCUCCUCCACCAGCCAAGAAACUGGCUCUUUCUGCCAAGAAGGCCAGCACCCCGUGGAGGGCGACCGGCAGUGAGCUCCGUCCGCCUCCCCACUCAGCAUCCUCCGACCUCACCCACCCCAUGAAAGCCACCCGCCCUGUCGUCGCCUCCACCUGGCCUGUCGGUAACACCAGGGCUGUCUCGCCUGCCCCCCCAUCGUGCAGCUGCCUGAAGCCUCCCCACACCCCGCACCCCACGGUCCCCCCUCCGCCCGCCAGCACCCCACCCCUGGGGGCGGCAGGACCACAGAGCCGCACCUCCACCUCUGCACCCGGGCCACAGGGACCCAGAGCCUUCUCAUCCCCUCUGCACCAGCCACUGGGGGCCAGUGCUUCCCCCCAGAGCAUCUCCAAAAAGAGGAAAAGGAGCCGUGGGGGAGAGGCCGAGGAGCGCAGCCCGGAGAAGUGCUUCUCCCAGCAGGUGGGGGGAGCCGCUGCAGGAGCCCGUGUGAAGGAAAGGAAGAGGAGACGCACAGAGGGCAAGGGCAGCUCCCUCCUGCCGGCGGAGCCAACACCCCGGCCGAGCGGGAGCCACAAGAGCAGGAAGGAGCAGCGGGCAGAGCUGCUGCCUGGCAGUCCAGAGGGUGCGGGUGGCCAGCCACAGGGGAAUGGGCAGCACGGGGGUGACAAGAAGAGGAGGAGCAGGAGAGCUGAGGGGCUCAGCAGAGAGGGCUGCCCCCACCAGGACCCCACCCGGCCCAGCUGCUCUCCCUUGGACAAAGUUGAGCCAGAGAUGAUUACAGAAUCGCCACGGAAAAGGAAAAAGAGAAAAAGAAAGCAAGAGUCCCAGCAGGAUGUAGAGGAGAAUGGGCAUCCAGUAGGCCCGAGGAGUGACAGGCAGGACGACUCUCCAGUCCCUGAGUGCCACAGCCAUGCACCGUCUGUGAACGGCCAGCGGCCUGGGGACAGCGUGGGUUUGUACCCAGGGCAGGGGCCGGCUCCUCCCGGCUGGUGGGGCAGAGAGAGCGGGUCUGACGUGCUCCAGGUGCUGCUCAGAGACUCCUCAGACAAAGCCUACGGCAGGAAAGUUUUGACAUGGGACGGAGAGGUGUCAGCCGUCAGUCAGGACGCGAUUCGAGACAGCAGGCUGGCCCGGACAGCGAGGGUCCUCGAUGACUGGGAUGAAGAGUUUGAUCGAGGGAAGGAAAAGAAAACAAAAAAGUUCAAGAGAGAGAAGAGGAGAAACAUCAAUGCCUUCCAGAAACUUCAGACUAGAUGGAACUUUUGGUCCGUGACUCAUCCAGCGAAGGCUGCAAGCCUCAGCUAUCGCCGCUGAGUUAGCUGCUGUUGAAGGAGUCUCCGGGCAAAAAGGCGUCCCUUCCUGGGAACGGUCUCCCUUUCUGGAUCUAAAAGAACAGCCGUGUGAACUCGGACCCUGUCACUUCCCGCCCCUGAAGUGUGAAGCUGCCUUGGUGGGAGGGGCUCUCCCUGCACUGCUGUCUAGGGAUGAUCCCGAGACUGCAUCUUGUGGACUUGUAUGAUCCGAGUGAGUGAAGUUUUCAGAUCAGGCGCUCUUGGUGGCAUCUGCAGCAAGCACCGGCGAGCAGCCACGGAGCAUCAGCGCAGAGAGGGCUGCAGCCAUCCGAGCCGGGGCGGUGUCCUUGCAUUCGUGGGCAGUGGAGUCCUCUCUGUGCAGAGGCGCCUGGCCCUGGGCCUGCGGCUGUCAGAGGAGAGCAGGGGGCCGGCGGUCACCUCUCCCGGUGUGUCCUCACGGAGCACGGGGAGCAGGCACUCUGAGGGUGACGAGUGGGGGUGGGCUGCACUUCCUGCCUUCCCUUGUUUCCUGUCCGUGACCCCCACACUGCCGCCGCCUCUUACUUUCUGGAACUGGGGAGAUGGGCUGUCAGUGCUUCUCUUCCUUGGAAGUAGCUCUGUGCUCUCUGGGGAGCCAGAGGGGGAGCCCUUGAAAUUAUGUGUUGUGCGCCUGCUUUUAAGGCUGCUGUUUAUUCGGAGGUGUCUUGGCUGCAGCCUCCCUUGCAGCUGCAGUAACCCAUGGGUCUUCACUGAGGUGGUGGUCGUGGGGUAGAAUUCUUUUAUUACUUAAUAUAAAGCAUUUAUUUUUGACCAGGCCUGUGAUUCUGUUAGCAAAAUGUUUCCUGUGCUCCCUUUCCCUACUAUGAAAAUGCUGGCUUUAUUUGCUCAAUUUUGUGAGUGCUUUUGGAUUUAGAUGAUUGUAUAACUCAAGAAGAUAAUUUUUUUAUCUUGCUCAAGCUGUGCCUGCGAAUUUGUAAUUUAAUAAAUAUGGGAUAUCCCUAGUUCUGUUGAUGUUUUCAAGAAAAAAGACAAAUGACCUGCUGGUGGAAGGUUAGAAGUCAGUCUGAAAACCCCCUCCCCGUCCUGCCCCCUCCUCUUGCUCUUGGAUGGUAGCACACGCGGGGAUGGAAGCCACGUGGGCCCUUUCUCCAGAGGCUCCUUCCCAGCAGCAGACGGGUGGCACCCUCCCUGGGCCUCGUGCCGCCUCCUCCCCGACCCUGUGGGGCUUCCUGCUCGGCCACCUUAUUCUGGGGCCUACGUUGAUUGUGAUGGUAUGGAAGGAAGAGUUGUGUUUUCCAUGUGAGGAGGUACAUCUGUUUUUUCAUGCAGGUGGUCCUUUUUGGCUUUUCACUCUGUUUUUGUAUUUCUCUUUUAAAAAGGUGGGAGAGACUUGUCAUACCUGGGCCAGAACUGGUAGCCCCGGCAGGAAAUGGAUGGACGUUCCUCUUCCCUUAGAGGACGAUUUCCGAGUGUCGAUUCCGACCUUACUAAAAGCAGCCGGAGUGGCUUCGGGGCACCUGUGGCUCGCUUAUUCAUCACUUGGGGAGGGAAAGCAGAGGAUGUAUAGGCGGGGUUUUCCCCCUUAAGGUGUUGACAUUGAUUCCUGUAUGAGCUAUUUACGUUACCAGACUUUUCUAUAAUGUUCUGUAGUUGAAAAAGAAAAAUUUAGUUGUCUGCUAGCACAGAAUUUGUCUCCUUCAUUCUGUUCCCUCCUGUCCUCCAAAUUAAUGUUUUCCUUUCUCCUCCAUAUAAUUGUAAAACCUACUUUUCACUCCUGAACUUUGGAAAUAAUCCACUAUCUUUUCAGCAGUUAGGAGCACUGGCCUGCCUGUAUGGCAGUUUAUCACUGUUAAGUAGAGGCUCAUUCUUUCCUUUCACAAAAUAAUCAUUGGACAAACUGGGAAGGGAAAGGAUAAGUCCCAGAAAAUUAAUCCAAACUCGAGGUGACAUGUACAUAUAUAAAUAUAUUUACAUAACUAAAACUUUUAUAAUGGCAGCCAUCUGGUCGACUUGGAGUAUGGGUUUAAUUUAACUUUGUAUUUAGGAGCCGAGCUGGAGGGCACCGGUCUGGGCGGGCACGCCGCCUCACCAGGUAGUCUGUGUUUUCUCUCCCGUGGACGAGGCCCCUCGGCACUGGUUCUGUCAGCUGGCUUUUCCUGGCAGAUCCAGUGCCCUGGGUCAGUGGCUGUGUCUGCCUGCGCGGACGCCAUGUCUCCUGGCUCGGCUUCUCCUCCCCCCGGGGCUGGGAACCUCGGGUGUUGCCGAGGUCUUGGUGCAAUAAAAUAAUGAGUUUUUUUGA